AUGAGCGCGGAGAAGACCAUUCUGUCAAUUCAAUCGUUUGUUACCCACGGUUACGUUGGAAACAAGGCCGCCACCUUUCCACUACAGUUGCACGGUUUUGAUGUGGAUAACAUUAACACUGUGAGCCUUUCCAAUCACAGCGGCUACCCGAUUAUUUGUGGGCACCGCAUGGACCUUCAGGAGUACGAAACUUUAAUGGACGGGAUUCGUGCGAACAACUUCCUCUCCAGCUAUCGCUACGUUUUGACCGGGUACAUCAACAACGCCGAUAUUGUGAGGAAGGUCCGGGACACGGUUCGUGAAAUACGGACGCUGCGUGAGAAGGAAGGAAAGAAGCUGACUUUUGUAUGCGAUCCAGUCAUGGGAGAUGAUGGCAUUAUGUACUGCAAAGAGGAGGUAUUACAGGCGUACAAGGAUAUGAUUGGGAAUGCCGACAUCUCCACCCCAAACUAUUAUGAAGCAAGUCUGUUGAGCGGCAUCAAUAUUACUGAUAUGAAGACUGCACUGCAGGCAGCAGACUGGUUUCAUGCACAGGGAACCAAAAUUGUGGUCAUUAAGUCCUUCCGCACGAAGGAGGACCCUCAGAACCUCCAAUUUCUUGUCUCUUCCAUGACAGAUGAAGAUAAAACACCUCAGCGCUUUACCGGUGUGUUUCCUUACCUUGAGGGGCGCUACACUGGCACUGGUGAUGUUUUCUCGGCGGUCUUUCUGGCCUUUUUACACCAGCACCCACUAGAGGUGGCGGUGGGAAAAGCGAUGGGUGUCCUGCAGGACGUCAUUUUGGCGACGCGCAAGGAAGGCGGUGAUGGUAAGAGCUCCUUGAUGAGCCGCGAGCUGCGCGUGACGAGGUCAGUCCAAUCAUUGCUAAAUCCCACCACUCUGGUUGAGGUGAAGCCAAUGUGA